AUGGAAAAUUUCAGGUGCUAUUUCUCUGCUGCAGCUGUAGCCAUCGACUACUUACAUAGCCUAUCACCAAAGCAAUGGCUCAACCUCCGCAAGAUCAUCCUAUAUGAGGAUCGCUUCUGUAAGAGCAAUCCGGCUUUACGCAUCGAACACAACAUCGGACUAUUGAGCAACCUGCUCCCGGAUUCAACAGAGCUGAGAAAUACCGACCGAUUUAUACUUGGAUCCACUUGCCUGGGAGUAACCGUUCCAUGGAUAGAGGAGGCUCUUGCGUUGGCUGCCAGUGGUAUAACUACCAAUGCCUACCGGCUCAUAAUCGACGGCAGUACAACAGAGGCAGUCCAGGCUUUCAAACUCUUAAAGCAUGCCGCGGCAAUGCAAGAAGCCAUGCUCACCCAAGUAGAGCGUAACAAUGUGCAACCUACAUCAUGGGUCCGUUCGGGUUACGCCGAAGUCAUCUCACUACCAUGGCACUUACCCGCAGGUUUUCCGGACGUAAUCCGCGCAAUCAUGACUGGCACGUCGAAUAUACAGUUUACAGGCCCCGUAGGCGACCUGUGGGACUCAGAUCUCAUGUUUCUUGAGAGUCAAGACUGGACCAUCGCAGAUUGGCGGAACGAAUGGAAAGAAAAGAUUGUACUGUGCGGACCGGAGACUACCUUCUAUAAGGAUAUAGAGAUGUGGUACGAGCUGUAG